UAUUGGGUUCCAUCUUUAGCUCAAGCUAAGAAGUAAGAACAUGAAUUCAUCCACAAUGAAUCCAAAUCAAACACAAGAUCAGGAGACACUACAAAUGCUUGAAAAAGAAGUUCAAGGCGAGCUCGAAAAAAGAUGCCUUCCAAAAUGCUCCUUCAUGGGCAGUGAGCUAAUUGAACUAGUAAAAUAUGAGAAUUUCUGGUAUUGAGGUAACUAUAUCCAAAGUAUAUUCAUGUUACAAAGACACUUUCUUGCUCAAGACACAGAUAUUAUCAUAGCUGGGCUUAUGAAAGUCGGUACCACUUGGUUGAAAUCUUUACUCUUUGCUACUGUCAACCGUAUCCACCACCCUAUUGAUCAAAGCCCGUUGCUUAACACUAAUCCACACGAACUUGUUCAUAGCCUUGAGGCUCUCUAUAGUGGAGCCUUUGAUUACCCUUGCUAUCACCAUCUUAAUGAGCUUACUUCACCUAGGCUAUUUAACAUUCAUUUAUCCUACACAUCCCUUCCUGAAUCCAUUAAGACUUCUAAGUGUCGGAUUUUGUACAUUUGUCGAAAUCCCUUUGACACACUUGUGUCAUUAUAUUACUUCUGCAUUAAGUCUAUGAAGAAACAAUUUGGAGAAAAUUUCAAAUCCCCUUCUAUGGAGGAUUUCUUUGAGGAAGUUUAUGAUGGGAAACACCCAUGUGGGCCUUUCUUCGAACAUGUGAUUGGAUUCUGGAAGGCAAGCUUAGAGCAUCCGGACAAGGUAUUGUUCCUUAAGUACGAGGAUUUAAAGGAUGAUCCAGUAUCACAGUUGAAAAAAUUGGCUAACUUCAUAGGUAAGCCAUUUUCGCCUAGAGAAGAGAGUGAUGGUGUUAUUCACGAAAUUAUAGACCUUUGUAGCAUCAAGAAUAUGAAGGAAUUGGAGGUUAAUAAAGGCACAGAGAUGGUCAUGAAGUCACUUGAGAACAAGAUUUUCUUUCGUAAAGGAGAGGUAGGGGAUUGGAUCAAUCACUUCACACCUAACAUGGUUGAGAGGAUGAAUAAACUCAUGCAAGAUAAACUUGAAGGUACUGGGUUGUGUUUUAAGUUACUCCCUCAACCCUACUCUUACAAAGCCAACCUUCAAUGA